AUGUCAUUCACUUUUAACGAGACACUGAUACCGCUUUCACAAGAAGGUUAUGAUACGGGUGGUGGAUCUUCAGAUAACUUUAAGAGUAGUGCUACCAUUAGGGCGGUUGCUGGUUUUUUUGCUAUAACGGCCACUCUUUUGUCAGCGAUUUCUGUAUGGUCUCACCUCAAACAUUACAAAAAACCGCUAAUACAGCGAUAUGUGGUGCGAAUUAUAUUAAUGGUACCAAUUUACGCUGUUUCUUCUUGGAUUAGUUUGACCUCAACAAAUGCUGCCUUCUAUGUUGAUUGUUUAAGGGAUAUGUAUGAGGCAUUUGUGAUCUACUGCUUUUUUAAUCUUUUAGUAAAUUAUAUUGGCGGAGAACGAGCUCUCUUAACCCUACUACAUGGUCGUCCACCAACUUCACAUCUUUUUCCUGUCAAUCUUUUUUUCAAAGAAAUGGAUGUUGGUGAUCCUUAUACGUUCCUCUUUUUGAAGCGUGGUAUUCUUCAAUAUGUAUAUAUAAAACCGGUGUUAGCUAUCAGCACCAUGAUUCUAAAGUGGUCAAAUAUGUAUGACGAAGGUCUUAUUGAACUUACAAAUGAAGAUCUAAAGCCAUAUCGACCUAUACCGAAAUUUCUUUGCGUAAAAUCCGUGAUAUUCUUUUCUUUUUGGCAAGGGUUUGCACUUUCUAUACUUGUAUAUCUUGGAAUUAUUCGUGACACCGAAUCAAAUUCAGCGCAAAACAUAUCAGUUUCAAUUCAAGACUUUCUGAUAACUUUUGAAAUGUUGAUUGCUGCAUUUGCACAUUGGUACGCUUUUUCAUACAAGGACUAUGCCGAUCCUAGUUACCGAUCAGGCCGUAUGCCUAUUAAAUAUGCUUUCAAAGAUUGUAUGGGAUUUAGAGAUGUGAUCGAGGAUACGUUAGAAACGAUUAGAGGUUCACGAUUUAACUAUAGAACCUUUGAACCGGCUGAAGGCAUGGCACAUACUGGUCCAAGCAGAACAGCGCGAAUAAUGGCUGGAUUACGAUUUACUGGUGGUGGCGCUGGUAAAUAUUGGCUUCCUGGCCCAAAUUCUACUACACCUUUGCUUUCUAGGCAAAUGGAUGAUGAUAGAAAUAGUUUAAAUUUUCAUGACCCUGAUCCGAAUCAUGAAGUUCCAGAAUCCACCACCUCCGAAACCACAAAGAAAGAGGACCAUGUCCAAAAGGAGAUUAAGACUAAAAGGAAAGGUAAACAACAACAUUUCAGUAGUUCUAAUGUUCCACCUUUCCGAGAUGGUUGUGUGGAUCUUGUUAGGGAAGUAAAAGAUGGAAAGGGAAAAAGAUUAGAGAGCUUUGCUGAUUCGAUUACAACUUCACCUCACGGAUCACCUUUAACAUCAAUAAUGCAACCAUAUGAAUCCAUAUUAGCAAGAGAUCCGUUUAUUCAAGAACCAAUAGUACCUAGGGAUGUGCCUCGCACAUUGCCGAUAAGUAUAGUUAAUCAACAAGAAGUCGAAAAUAACAACGACAUUGAUGACCCUCUUGCGAUAAAUCGAUCGAGUUAUCUUAGCACCUCUUUAGAGAAAAAUAACUGGAGCAAUGACGUCUGGAAAUAA